CGCAAAGCCUUGGAUUCACUCCCCCGUCCCCCCCAUCGGCUCGCGCUCCGACGUCCAUGGCUGCUUCUUCUUCUCCUCCGUCGUCGCUCUAUCUCUCUUUCUCAUCAUCACUUCCCCGAUCUCCACUUCUCGGAGGCGCCACCACCGUCAGAAGAGGCGCGGCAGUGUCCCUCCCGGCUCCGUCGUCUCGGCGGGUGAUUCUGUGCGCACUCGCGCCGACCGCGAGGAAGAGCGCGGCCGCUUCGCCUUCUUCCGCGGCCACGAAGAAGAGGCACUGGAAGGAAGGAGAGUAUCCCGGGACCCCCGAGGCGAACGGGAGGAGGAGACCUCUGAAGAACGUGAAGAAGAAAUUAGACCGGCAGAGCAAGGCCACGGCGUGGGCUAGUACCGUCACUGAAGCCCUUUCCGACCGCAUUCUCAAGAAGCAGUGGAUGGAAGCACUUGAGGUUUUUGAGAUGCUGAGGACGCAGCCGUUUUAUCAACCAAAAGAAGGGACUUACAUGAAACUCCUCGUUCUGCUUGGGAAAUCCGGCCAACCUGACCGUGCCCGCCAGCUCUUCGAUACAAUGGUUGAAGAAGGAUGUGGACCCACUUCUGAACUCUAUACAGCUCUACUGGGGGCUUAUUGCAGGAACAAUCUCAUCGACGAGGCAUUCUCAAUUCUUAGCCGAAUGAAGGGCCUCCCUAAUUGUCAACCGGACGUUUUCACUUAUAGUAUCCUAAUAAAGGUGUGUGUCGACUCUUCACGUUUUGAUUUGGUCGAAUCACUUUACCGGGAAAUGGCUGAUCGGUUGAUAACUCCUAACACCGUCACACAAAACAUAGUUUUAAGUGGUUAUGGGAGGGCUGGAAAAUUCGAUCAGAUGGAAAAGGUACUUUCAGGUAUGCUUGAGAGCACGGAGUGCAAACCAGAUGUCUGGACAAUGAACAUCAUUCUCAGUGUGUUUGGCAACAAGGGGCAGAUUGAUGUGAUGGAAAAAUGGUAUGAGAAAUUCCGAAAUUUCGGGAUUGAACCGGAAACUCGGACUUUUAACAUACUCAUCGGUGCGUAUGGAAAGAAAAGAAUGUAUGACAAGAUGUCAUCUGUGAUGGAGUACAUGCGCAAGCUUCAAUUUCCUUGGACAACCUCAACCUACAAUAACGUGAUCGAGGCUUUUGCAGAUGUCGGAGAUGCACAGAACAUGGAAUAUACUUUCGAUCAGAUGCGCGCUGAGGAUAUGAAAGCAGAUACCAAGACAUUCUGCUGCCUUAUACGUGGAUAUGCCAAUGCUGGUCUCUUCCAUAAAGUCCUAAGUACCGUCAGAUUAGCUGGAAAGUUUGAAAUACCAGAGAACACAUCAUUCUAUAAUGCAGUUAUAUCGGCAUGUGCAAAAGCUGAGGAUCUUUCGGAAAUGGAGAGAGUAUUUCAGCAGAUGAAAGACAAGCACUGUCGCCGGGAUUCAACCACCUACUCAAUUAUGUUAGAGGCAUAUCGAAAAGAGGGAAUGCAUGACAAGGUCUAUGAUUUGGAACAGGAGAAAGAGGAGACUGUUCUUGAUGGGUCUGAGAACGAGUAUGCCCCUGGGCUAGAAUCAGCAGUGGACACUUAAAGAAACCAGAGCAAGUACUCUGGCUUAGUGCAGGCGCGCCGUGGAUUAUUCGUGGGUUUUCUCAUGCAGCGUGGGCCUUCUCCAUGGGUUAUGUUACUCUGUUGGUGCAGUUCUUUGUGUUUUGGGGCAGAAAAUGUGGGUUCAGCCUCUCCAUGGUCCUUCAGAUCCAAUGAUGCUUCGGGAUACUUUCCUCAGGUGCCUCAACCAAUGUACACAGCCGAUGAUGUACCAACAGAGGUAAUUAGUGUGCUCUAAUUGAUAAUAUCUUUUCUGGCCUGUGGGAGAAGUGGUCAUUCAUGGAUCUGUGCGAUUUAUGGAAAGGGAAAUAGUAGCUGUGAUUAAGCAUUGUUGUAUGCUCUCUGUUUAAUGUGAUUCGCAGUUUGUUUAGUGGAGGGGGAUAGGUGAAAUAAA